CCACCUGGGAAGAGUCCAAUUUUCUAACUCACUGAAGACUUCAAUACAAUUGUAUUGAGUAUCCAGCAGCAUCAGUGCUUUUCAUCAGAAUAGCUAUACUGUAACAUUCAAAUAAGAACAUGGCCAAGGCUGCAGUCAGGAUGCCGUCCCACCCACCAACAGAUCUGUUGAUGGGAUCCCGCCCACCAGGGGAACGGUUCAUGGGAACGCGCUCAAGGGAAUUGUGGGUAGGAUAUGUGAACUACGUGCCCUUGGUGGGCACUUCUGCCAACAUGGUGGACGGCUUCAUUGCGCUGCUCCAAGGAGACCGAAAGACCGCGGAGGCCAAGGGCUAUAAGAACUUCCUGGAUUCAGCUGGAAUCCGUGACCUGAAACCAGGGUCCAUCCUUCAGAACGCCGAAGGCCAGACAGUAGUUGGGUGCAGUGCCAAAGUAUCCAAAGAUAUAAAUGACUACAUUAUACAAGCAGUAAAACCAGGGGCGAGUAAAACCGUCAAAGCUGCAAAGGCAGCCAAGGCAGGUGCAGAGCUAUACAAAGAGCUUUCCACGUCUUUUGAGACCCUCAGGGGUAAACUGGAAGGACGUGGGAUAAACUUGGCCAACGAUGUGAAACAGAACCAAAGGUCUAGGCGGGGAGAACACGUUUUUAACAACGCCCUGCUUAGGCUAUAUGGCACGAUAAUCGAUGAGUUCAUUCAGAGGCACGUCCCAGGCGGUAACAGAUUAACGUUGGUUAGCCGCAUUCCGAACAGCAGCGUUAGUGACGCCUUUCAAGGGAACACCGCAGACGGCCAACACAUCAACUUGACUGCUGAUCAGAGACAAAAUAUUAGCACCUGGGUAGCUCACAUUCCCGACAACAUAGUAUAUAUCCCAUUAAACAACACGCUGUUUGCACACAUGACAGCAACUAUUCGGCGCAAUGCUGUUGACUACAUGCAUUCUUUUAGUCUGGGGGAAAACAAUGGAAACGCGUUGGAUAAUCUUGCUGAAGGGGUAGCGUGGAUGAACGGACAUCGCGUUUAUCUGGACCCACAGGCUCUGGAAAUAUGGUUAGCUGAAAACACUAAUCUAUCUGAGCAAUUUCGCGCAACUGAACGUGGGGUGCAACGAAUGCUGCGAUACCUGGAUCCCCAGAAUCCCCUGGAUCCCCCAAAUCCCCAGAGGCCAACUCUGUUAAAUGAUUUUGUGAAUGACCUGAGACAGGCGGGUGCAAAUAUUUAAUAAUGGAUUUUAGGAGUCAACCACCACUGGCUUGCCGAUGGAAAUGAACCAAUAGGAAGAAACCUUCUUUCUGUCUUUGUGUGAUCAUUUUUAAAAGCUGAAUUGUAUGCAGCAUUAAUACUUAUUGGGCGGCAUGGAUGGUGCAGUGGGUAGCACUGCCGCCUCACAGCAAGGAGGUCCUGGGUUCGAAUCCCCGUCGGCCGGGGCCUCUCUGUGUGGAGUUUGCAUGUUCUCCCCGUGUCUGCGUGGGUUUCCUCCGGGUACUCCGGUUUCCUCCCACAGUCCAAAGACAUGCACGUUAGGCUGAUUGGAGAGUCUAAAUUGCCCGUAGGUAUGAGUGUGUGAGUGAAUGGUGUGUGUGCCCUGCGAUAGACUGGCGACCUGUCCAGGGUGUAUUCCUGCCUUUCGCCCAAUGUAUGCUGGGAUAGGCUCCAGCCCCCUGCGACCCUGAUCAGGAUAAGCGGGUUCAGAUAAUGGAUGGAUGGAUGGAUUAAUACUUAUUUUCUCACAGAAUUAGUUUCUUUCAUGUGUAACCAUUGAAUAUUAUUACAAUUGUAUUUUCUUUAAUAAAUAAUCAAGUGUGAGCCAGUAAUUUUUAAAACAUGCAAGCAUUGCAUUAAUUUGCCAGGGGGAGAUUGGGGAAGAAACUAACAUGGGGCAUGUUGAAACAUGGGCAUUUUGUGUCUUGCAUUUGAGCAAGAAUGACUUGACGAUUGCAGGACGAUUUGAAAACGUUAUUAACAAGUCUAUUUUAGCAUCACAGUAAUGUUUUUUAGCCAAAUAAUUUUUUGAUGUAUGAAUGCCUCAAUAUAUAGCAUAUAUACAUAGAUAUAAAUUACUGUCUUGUGGGUUAUAAGAUUUAGUUUUAAUAUAGUUUUGACACAUGUCACUAGCAAGCAGAAACUGUGAGCCAUGCAGGAGUACAACUAGCACAGCAGUGGCACAUUGUAAUGGUGUCUUGCCCCCGCCUAUUAAAAAUGCAUCAGCUACAAUAA